AUGGUGGAAAGGACAGCGAAGUGGCCCUCCGAGACUGUCGGCAACGGCAUUGAGUGGCACCCCACGAACGACGACGUCAACAUUAGGGGAGCCCAUCCGCGGAUCACGAUUUUGACCGCGGGGAUCAAGUACUACGUCGGCCCCGACGAGAACUGGUGGCAGGACAAGUUCAAGCAGCCUGCGACCUGGCGGCCCUGGCUCGACCCGAAGUUCCAGACGGGGCGCCUCUUCGUCUACGACCUCAGGAACAUCGGCAACCCGGGCGAAGGCAGAUAUGGUGGAUGCCUGGGGCGCCACCCGGAGAUCAUCAAGCAGUUCCUCAGCAACCGGAACGGCACAAUGCACCUUUAUAGGGCAUUGCAGGACAUCGACUCCACCCCGCCGAAUGAGAACAUCGUCACCCUUUUCUUCUGCACUUCCAACAGGCACAGGAGCGUAGCCGCUGGCACGCUGUUGUCCUGUAUGCUCAGCAACAGGAAGAGCCAGCACGCCCUCAUCCACUACGACGCCCAUCGAGCCUGGGAAGGUAUGCGUUGUGGAGGUCAGUGCGUGAGAUGUGGCGAGAGAUUCGAUCAGAAGACGAUCUUGGACGUGGGCGCCAUGGCCACCAACUACCUUAAGGGAGUUGAGCUCGGAUCCAGAUCGUCGGGUUCGAGCGGUUUGGACAGGAGCACGUCGGUGCCGCCCACGCGCAGGGCACUGAGCCUUGGCCCUGCUGGAGGAGGACCACACCGACCAGAUGGACGCACUCAGGCGAAGGCUAUGGCGAUCAUGGGACCGGCUGGCUCAUGGGUGACGGGGAGCCUGCGGCCCCCGGACCCGGUAGGUCCACCACCACCUGGUCACACUGCGCCUCCUUUGCCCCCGCCGACUACACCGCACCCGGACGUCGCGGCAGCCAUUCCGGCGCCCGCUACACCGCCAGCUACGCCGUCGACUCCCGCUGCACCGAGUACCCCGAAGGUCACGGCGACUAAAUCGCCGCCGGCCACCUUUGUGCCGCCGCAGCCGAAGAGUGGACCCAGAGAGGCCACGGAAGACUUGAGCUACUGGCGCGACCGCUGCAUCCGCAUCGAGGCCAUCCACGGGGUGAAGGAGGAGUCGUGGCAGCAGCAGAAGGAGAGACUCGAGGCAGAGUCCCGAGUUGACAAGCAGACCAUCACGGAGCUCAACACCGAGAACAAGAAGCUUUUGUCUCGAGCCAUCACGGCCGAGACCGAGUUGGACGUCGAGCGUAAGCGCCGACGUAGGCUCGAGCGAGACUCGAGCAUAGGCACCGAAGGAACCUUAAGGUCCUUCGACAGCGAAGAGAGUGACAGGGCCCGGUCGGUCAGCAGAUCGAAGACCCGUGGCUCUGGAAGCCGUGUUCCCUCGGAACCGCCGAUCAAGGAAGAGCCUGGUGAGGAAGAAGCAGUCAACGAGGACAUUCAGGGCGGCGACGACGACGGCAAGGAGGAGUUCCCCAGCUACUUCCAGAACGUUGAUGGCAUGGAGGGUCCAACGCCGCAGACCCCAUGGGCUGCGAACUUGAGUUUCAACGAUCUUAAGACGUUGAUGAACAACUUGUACAUCGAGGCCGACCGCGUGUACCCGAAGAACGGCUGGGUUGGCCCCGUCGAGAGGAGCAAGCCCGCGACGGAGGUUCUCAAGCACAACCUCCGCUACUGGACAUUCCCAUGCCAGCGCCGUAUCACCCACAGGUGGGAUAAGGCCUUGAGGAGUUUCAGGAAGUCCUCACUCCUGUUCCACGCUGCGACUGGAAAGGCAACGAUCCUUCAGGAGGACGUUGCGAUGGGCGCCCCUAUGGCGACCCUGGCUGGUGACCGCGAUCCCGAGGAUGUGUAUGUCAUCGUAGCCCGUUCCUCGGAGCGUGAGGGAGCCCAAGGCCCCUUUCUGCCCCGGCAUUCCACGUACCACGGGACGCCGAGCGCACCAGGGCAUGGGCGCCGCCGCGACCCAGGUAGGCGUGGCAGGAGCAACAGCCGAACGCACCUUUGCAACACUUCAACCCACACGGUGAAGCCUGGAAACCAUGCCCUUCUGAUCACCUCCAACCCGUCUGCCUUCCAGGACAACGACUUCAACACCUUCGACACCGGAGUGAACGCAGAGGUUGGAUGGACGGCAGAAGGGAUUCGGCGAACUCUUCAGGGAAGCAGCCCGAGUGUCAUUGUUGUUGCGAUUGAGUAUCGGGAUGAUUGUUUGAAUCACAGCGAGUUGAUGGAUGAAGUUGUUUCGCACUGUGAGUGUUCAGGUUCUGAGUUUUUGGUGAUUGAUGUUGCGGAUACUGAGAGAUGGAGUUACUUCUCGAUUCCCAUGUACCCCGAGUUGGGACAUGGAGACGUUUCGUAUAUGUCAAACAGCAAAGACUUGGCAUCAGCAUUCGAAGGAUGGUGCAACGGGGGAUUCCCAUAUGUACCCCCGAAGGGAAUGCAUGAUGUGUUCGACAAUGAAUUUGCGAACUGGUUGAUCGAGUAUGUUACCGAUCAAACAGCCAUUGCGUUGGUUAGCACGUCCUACCCUGCAUGGGAGGAUGCCGAGAUGGAGCCCCUCGACAGCGUCGAGGACGUCGAGGACCGAGCACAAAUGGACCCGGGUGAAGAGGCCAUUCAAGAAGAUCUCGAGCUUGGUGAAGCCGAGGUUCCGAACCUACCUAUUCAGGAGGCGGAACGACGAGCCGGAUGGAAGAAGCUACCUCAGCGCAUCAGGGUAGCGAUCCGUCGGCUGCAUCGCCAGUUUGGCCAUGCUCCCAGGAAGGUGCUCAUGAACCUUCUCAGAGCUGCGAAGGUUGAUCCGCAGUACCUUGAAGGACUGCGUUACCACCGAUGCAUCGAGUGUGAGGAGACGAAGCCGAGAAGAAAUGCUCACACGACAUCGUUGCCCGGCGCCUACGUGUUCAACCACACCCUCGGCGUGGACAUCUUCGAGAUCCUGGACGCAUCUGGUACCAAGUAUCAAGUUUUGAACUUGGUGUGCCUCGGCACAUGUUUCCAAUUGGCCGAAAUUGUUCGUGAAGGUCCUGGAACCCCAACUAGCUCCAAGUGUUUGGAGGCCAUCCAGAGGCGAUGGAUCACUUGGGCUGGCCAUCCUAGCUCCAUGAAGUGUGACCGCGGAUUGCACAACCGCGGGAUCUGGCCCAGUAUAUGGGAGCCCAUGGAGUGCAGGUCACCCAUGCGCCUUUGGAGACUCCAGAAGCAAUUGGACGAGUUGAACGACAUGGAGGCGUUCUCAAGGCUAUGGUCCGGAAGACAGCUGCCCAAGUCCAAGCACAUGGUUGGAGGCUACUCACCGGCUCAGUGGGUGCUUGGACGAGCGCCACGUGAACUGCCAUCUAUCCUCAGUGAAGAUGGGCACGCAGACCUAGGAGCCAUUCAGGACUCCAUAGAUCCAGAGUCAGCCUUUGCACUCCAGCACCAAUGCAGGGCCGAAGCGAAGAAGGCAUUUGUGCAGCUCGACACCUCGAAGCGAGUGCAGAAGGAAGCAGUUUGGCUCCUUUGUGAGAACGUUCCUGUUCUAGCCUCAGCGCAGAACAUAAGACCCGCGUCGGAUGCAGAAGCACUGGCCUUUGACAUCCUCCAUGGCAAGCAAGUUUUCCCAGAUGAGAUUCUAGGGGGACAGCAGAACUUCGACGAUGUUCGCGAACCUGGAGCGGAGGAUGCAGCCCCAAUAGAAGAGGAUGAGCAAGCGCUCAUUCCGCAAGCACCAGCUCAGGAGGAUCAAGGCGGACCUCCUCUACCCUCUAUCCUCGAAGAAGAGGAUGAGCCUACGAGAGAAAGGUCCAGGUCACCACCUGAGCGGCGUGUGCAUGCAGCUACUUCGUCGACUACCUCAACGUCAAGAAGGAGGCCUAGUGUUGCAGAACCAGAAGGAGAGCGAACCCCUGGUGGAAGUCGCAGACCAUCAACCUACGACAUCCAGGACGACUUGCCAGUGCAGAUCCGGGAGAGACUGCAGAAUAUACGCGACUCAGAGACAGCGCGUUAUGUCAACGACACAGAUGGUGCGUUGAACGCCACUAGGGCGAAGCCACGAGCGAAGUUUAUGGCCUUCAUGGCAACAAGACUGACGAAGGACGAGAUGAAGGACCUGCCAGGAACGCUCAACUACUUCGACUGCGCACCGUCUAUCCAGAAAAAGAUCGACGAGUCGCGCAAGAAGGAAUGGUUGAAGUAUGAAUCGUUCCAGGCGGCGAUCCCUGUCUCAGGCAAGAUCCUCGAGGACUUGUUAGCCGAAGGACACAUAGCACUGCCUUCGAAGUGGGUCGAUACUGUGAAAAACAUUCACGAGCAGCAUACCGAGAACUUCGUUCCGGAAUUCAAAUCCCGACUCGUUAGUUGCGGGAAUUUUGAGGCCGAUGAUGGGAUCCGUACGGACUCACCUACAUCGGACCUAGAGACUCACGCGAUGGUAUGUGCAUUUGCAGCUUGUGAAGGAGUUCCUACCCAGAGCUCCGACAUCAAGAAUGCGUACUUCCAGGCCUUGCCCAUUGACCGGAUUAUCCUCAUGCGACAGCCCCGAGGCGGUUUGCCCGGUGUAGAUCCAGAGGCUAUGCUCCUGGUCAGAGUGCCUGUCUACGGUCUCCGAGACAGUGGACGUGGUUUUUGGAAGCGGGUGGACAAGGACGCCAAGGACGUUGGCUUGAAGGCGAGCCGCAUUUUUCCUGCGUUCUACUACCACACCACGAAUGGCAAGGUGGACCUGCUUCUCACCACGCAUGUAGACGACUUCUUGUGGGCGUCUACGGAGACUGGAGAUGCCAUCAUGGAUCGACUCUUAGAGCGAUUCGAGGUCGGACGACGUGAGCGAGAUCGACUCCGCUUUUGUGGAAAGCAGUUCGAUCGUGCUGGGAGUGACGUACUGCUGGACGUGACGGACAACACACGUCGAAUCACCUACAUCGACAUCGCCAAGAGCCGCAAGCCCUCCGAUCCCAUCACUCAAGGUGAAGAACGACAGUUACGAUCCGUGGUGGGGAGUUUGAGCUGGAUAGCUCGACAGGGGAGACCGGACAUACUUUACAAGGUGUCCUACCUCCAAUCCAAGAUCAAGGGCGCCAGCGUUGCUAUCCUUAAGGAAGCAAACAAGGUCUUGGAACUUGCCCUCACCGGCAAGGAUCUUAAGAUCAGAUACAAGCAUGGAAUCUGUGAAUUCAUGCAACUUGGCGUACUGACGGCUUCAGACGCCAGUUUUGCCGCUGAGCCCGGAAUGCGAUCACAGCAAGGACGCAUUCACUUCCUUGCUCCAAGGAAGCAGUUGACUGAUCCCAGCAACUGCGAUUUUGACGUGAUGCUCGUAGCUACAGCAGCACCACGAUCAAAAGAGUAUGCAGAGCAACUCUUCAGGCUGAGACCAAGUCAAUGA